AUGCGGGGCGCCGACCUCAUCAACGCGGCGCUCCCCGACGAGCUCCUCGACGACGUGAUCCGCCGCGUCGGGGCCGGCGGCGGGGCCAAGCGCGACCUCGACGCCUGCGCGCUCGUCUGCCGCCGCUGGCGCCGCCUGGAGCGCGCCUCCCGCCGCUCCGCGAGGCUCGCCGCGUCCGGGGAGCGCGCCGACGAGGUGUUGCGCCUCGUCGCCGAGCGCUUCACGGCGCUCGCCGAGGUGUCGGUGAACGAGCGCCUCACCGCCGCCGCCUCCGGAUCCGGAUCCGCCCGCAGAUCGUACCGCUCGGGAAUGGAACGGGGCCCGUACCGCGCGGGAAUGAUUCAUAUGCCUAAUCAGAUCCGGCGCCGGAGGAGGCUGCCCCUCGCAUCAAAUCUUACUCUUCAAAUAUCCCCGUUCCCAUUGGACCAGCCAGUCAGUGAUCAAGGGUCUGAGCGCAGCUGUUUGACUGAUGUUGGCUUGGGUCAUCUUGCAAGGGGUUGCAGAGGGCUUGAGAAAUUGAGUCUGGUAUGGUGCUCUGCCAUAUCCUCAACAGGCUUGGUGAGGAUAGCUGAGAAUUGCAAGAAAUUGACUUCUUUGGAUCUCCAGGCUUGCUUUAUUGGAGAUCCAGGACUUAUUGCUAUUGGGGAAGGAUGCAAGCUGCUUAAGAAAUUGAACUUGCGAUUUGUUGAAGGCACCACAGAUGAAGGCUUGAUUGGAUUAGUAAAGAACUGUGGGCAAUCGCUGGUCUCACUUGCUGUUGCAAAUUGUCAAUGGUUGACUGAUGCAUCUUUACAUGCUGUUGGAUCCCACUGCCCUAACCUAGAAAUUAUAUCGGUGGAAUCAGAUCGUGUUCAAAGUGUGGGAAUAAUAUCUAUUGCUAAAGGAUGCCCACAGUUAAAAACUUUGAAGCUACAAUGUCUUGGUGCUGGGGAUGACGCCCUAGAUGCUGUUGGUUCAUUUUGUCCGCUUUUAGAAAUCUUGUCACUCAACAACUUUGAAGGAUUUACAGACAGGAGCCUUACUUCAAUUGCGAAAGGGUGCAAGAAUCUCACAGAUCUUGUUCUCAAUGAGUGCCAUUUACUAACUGAUAGAAGCCUUGAAUUUGUAGCUCGUAGCUGCAAAAAGUUAGCACGUUUGAAGAUCAGUGGUUGUCAGAACAUGGAAUCUGUUGCACUGGAGCACAUUGGGCGAUGGUGUCCGGGCCUUUUGGAGCUCUCUCUAAUUUUCUGCCCCAGGAUCCAAAACAGUGCAUUUCUGGAGAUUGGUAGAGGCUGCUCCCUUCUUAGGACUCUUUUUUUGGUUGACUGUUCAAGAAUAAGUGAUAGUGCCUUGUCCCACAUAGCUCAAGGCUGCAAGAACUUAACAGAACUUUCUAUUCGGCGUGGUUAUGAGGUAGGAGACAGAGCAUUGAUGUCUAUUGCUGAGAAUUGUAAAUCACUUAGAGAGUUAACGCUCCAGUUUUGUGAGAGGGUAUCUGAUGCAGGGCUGUCUGCAAUCGCGGAAAACUGCCCUCUGCAUAAGUUAAACUUGUGCGGGUGCCAGCUAAUCACUGAUAGCGGAUUGACUGCAAUUGCCAGAGGAUGCCCUGAUCUAGUCUUCCUAGAUAUAAGUGUUCUUCGGAUCAUAAGUGACAUAGCGCUUGCUGAGAUAGGCGAUGGUUGCCCUAAGCUCAAAGAAAUCGCGCUCUCCCACUGCCCAGAAGUCACCAACGUCGGUCUGGAGCACCUUGUCAGAGGGUGCCUGCAGCUGGAGUCCUGCCAGAUGGUCUACUGCCGGCGAAUCACCAGCUCCGGGGUAGCAACCAUCGUCUCGGGCUGCACCAGGAUGAAGAAGCUCCUCGUGGAGGAGUGGAAGGUGAGCGAGAGGACCCGGCGGAGAGCGGGACCUGUCUUGUCGUUCCUCUGCACCGGGCUCUAG